UCAGGCUGGAGGAGUUGGAGGAGAAAAAGGCGGAGUGACGUCACACGAGGCUGGUCUUGGCGUUUAAUAGCCAGGGGAACCAAGUGCCAGGUUGCGCGAGCUCCACACUGCAGCUCUGUCCGGCCAGCGGCAGAGGGGAUGUCCUGCUUACUCCUCUAAAACUUUCUACAAACUCAGUCAACAGACAAACAUUGAGACUGACUGACAAAGUGUCGCAACUCGCCACACUCCUCUUUUAAUGAAACUUUAAACUACUUUAAGUGUGUUUUCUUUUUGACUAAAGUCACAUUCACUUUAACAACAAAUUGAAUGAGCCGGGUCACGCUUGCGUAGAGUUUUCUCGAUUUUUUUACAUUUUUUUAUCUUUUUAUUUGGAUAAAGUUUUAUGUCUUUAAAACUCGUGAUGGCUGUCCUGUCACUAGCGUUCCUACUUGUGUUGACUUCAGCUGCCAAGGCUGAUGAAGUAGAUAGAGAGGGCCAACUGAAGAGCCGACUGAAGGAAUACGGCCUUGUCACUCCUUUCAGUACUGACUCCCACGGACACUACCUGUCACACCUUCUCUCGGCCACUCACAAGCAACGUGUCAAGAGGGAGGUAAUUUCUUCUGCUAACAAUGAACAGAAACUUUUCUUCAAUAUCACUGCCUUUGGAAAGGAGUUCCACCUCCGUCUGCGCCCAAACAAUCGACUGGUGGCCCCUGGUGCAAUGGUGGAGUGGCAUGAUGAGGUCCAGGGCUUCGGGAACAACAGCAAUUAUAGUUGGAAUGAUUCAAGUACAGGCGCCAACCAGACAGAAUCCGCCACCGGGGCUGAGAGGAUACUGCGCCGUGAGCUGCUAAAGACAGACUGUACCUUUAUCGGUGACAUCACAGACGUUCCCGGGGCCGCGGUUGCCAUUAACAACUGUGACGGACUGGCUGGAAUGAUUCGUACAGACUCGGACGAGUACUUUAUCGAGCCGCUUGAGAGAGGAGCUCAGGAGCUGGAGGACCAGGGCCGGGUCCAUGUGGUGUAUCGCAGAUCGGCUCUGUUGCAGGCACCCCCGGAAAUCCCAAAGGACUACCAGGCACAAGAACCAGAGCUGGAUGUACCUGGGACUCUGGAGUCGGUAACCCGACAGGUCAACGAGACUGUCCACCGCCGCCGUCACCGCAGAGACGCCGGAGAGGACGACUACAACAUUGAGAUCCUGCUGGGAGUUGACGACUCCGUUGUUAGAUUUCACGGAAAGGAGCACGUGCAGAAUUACCUCCUCACCCUCAUGAAUAUCGUCAAUGAGAUUUACCAUGACGAGUCUCUGGGAGUCCAUAUCAACGUGGUCCUGGUGAGGAUGAUCAUGCUUGGAUAUGCCAAGUCCAUCAGCCUCAUCGAAAGAGGCAACCCAUCACGGAGCCUGGAGAAUGUGUGCCGAUGGGCAUUUGUGCAACAGAAAGGCGACCCUGAGCACGCAGAACACCACGACCACGCAAUCUUCCUCACUCGCCAAGGCUUCGGUCCCACGGGGAUGCAGGGUUAUGCUCCAGUCACAGGAAUGUGUCACCCAGUUCGGAGCUGCACACUGAACCAUGAAGACGGCUUCUCAUCAGCCUUUGUUGUGGCUCACGAGACCGGACAUGUCUUAGGGAUGGAGCAUGACGGCCAGGGGAACCGCUGCGGAGACGAGACGGCAAUGGGAAGCGUGAUGGCUCCUCUGGUUCAGGCGGCCUUCCAUCGAUACCACUGGUCCAUGUGUAGCGGACAAGAGCUCAAGAGAUACAUCCACACGUAUGAUUGUCUUUUGGACGACCCCUUCAAACACGACUGGCCACAGCUUCCUGAACUUCCCGGCAUCAACUAUUCCAUGGAUGAGCAGUGUCGCUUUGACUUUGGAGUGGGAUAUAAAAUCUGCACAUCAUUUCGUACAUUCGACCCUUGUAAACAGCUGUGGUGCAGUCACCCGGACAACCCUUACUUCUGCAAAACCAAGAAGGGUCCACCUCUGGAUGGAACAGAGUGCGCUCCUGGAAAAUGGUGCUACAAAGGUCACUGCAUGUGGAAAAACCCUAAUCAGGUCAAGCAGGAUGGUGCCUGGGGCUCCUGGAGUAAAUAUGGUAUCUGCUCGCGCUCCUGUGGAACUGGAGCUCGCUUUCGGACACGUCAGUGCAACAACCCAGCGCCCUCAAACGGUGGCCAGGACUGCCCGGGAGUGAACUACGAGUAUCAGCUGUGCAACACUGAUGACUGCCCCAAGCACUUCGAAGACUUUCGAGCCCAGCAGUGUCAGCUCCGCAACUCCCACUUUGAGUUCCAAAAUGCCAAACACCACUGGCUGCCCUACGAGCAUCCCGACGCCAACAGGAGAUGCCACUUGUACUGCCAAUCGAGGGAGACCGGAGACGUGGCUUACAUGAAGCAGCUGGUGCAUGAUGGGACGCAAUGCUCCUACAAAGAUGCUUACAGUAUCUGCGUGCGAGGGGAGUGUGUGAAAGUUGGCUGUGACAGAGUGAUCGGCUCUACCAAAGUUGAGGACAAAUGUGGAGUCUGUGGUGGAGACAACUCCCACUGCCGCACCGUUAAAGGAACCUUUACCCGAACACCAAAGAAACCUGGUUACCUUAAGAUGUUUCACAUUCCUCCCGGAGCAAGACAUGUGAUCAUCCAAGAACACGAGGCCUCCCCUCAAAUUCUUGCAAUCAAGAACCAGGCAACAGGGCAUUACAUCCUCAACGGAAAAGGAGAGGACGUCAAGUCCAGAAGCUUCAUCGACUUGGGCGUGGAGUGGCACUACAUCAUCGAGGAAGACGUGGAGACGCUGCACACUGACGGACCAUUGCAUGACCCAGUGGUGGUUCUGAUUGUACCCAAGGACAAUGAAACACGGUCCACUUUAAUGUACAAGUACAUCAUCCAUGAAGAUUCAGUGCCUGUGAACAACAACAAUGUCAUCCAGGAGGAGACAUAUGAGUGGGCUCUUAAGAGCUGGUCUCCUUGUUCCAAGCCAUGUGCUGGAGGGUUCCAGUACACGAAGUACGGUUGUCGAAAGAAAGGAGACACGAAAAUGAUCCAUCGAGGCUACUGCGAUGCCAACAAGAAACCAAAACCCAUCCGCAGAAUGUGCAAUCUCCAGGACUGCACACAGCCUCAAUGGAUCUCAGAGGAAUGGGAGCAUUGUACCAAAACCUGCGGCAGCCUGGGCUUCCAGAUCCGGACUGUCCGCUGUGUGCAGUUCCUCCACGACUACACCAAUCGCUCCAUCCACAGCAAGUACUGCAGCGGAGAGAAGCCAGAGAGCCGGAGGCCCUGUAACAGAGUGUCAUGUCCCGCACAGUGGAGGACCGGAGCCUGGUCUGAGUGCUCUGUGACCUGUGGCGAAGGGAUGGAGAGGCGACUGGUCACCUGCCGCAUUGGAGAUCAAUGUAAUGGAGACAAACCUGAAACUGUGAGAACUUGCAGACCAGGACCCUGCCACGAUGAGCCAUGCAAUGGAGACAAGUCCAUCUUCUGCCAGAUGGAGGUCCUAGCUCGUUACUGCUCUAUUCCAGGCUACAGCAAACUGUGCUGCGAUUCCUGCAGCAGACGCAGCGGAGCGCUGUCUUUAUUCUCAGACGCGGCUGAGCAGGAGGAGCACCUCCGUUUCGGUUCAGCCUCUCAGCUGCUGGAGACAUUAACAGCCUCAGUAGCAGCCAACUCAACUCACAGUGGCAAACAAAGCUCCAGCAAAGGAUCAGCAGGCAACGCUGCCAAACACGCCACCACCCCUGCCCAGCUUAAGAAAACCUCAUCAAGGAUCACCGUGGCACCGAGGCGGGUUCCACGACACACAGGCCUCUUUGGCAGGAAGCUGCCUGCUAUGGCACCAUCCCCCCUGGCGGUUCCUACUGUGAGUCAAAGGUCGAGCAACUUGACAGAUAGUCGGCAGCCGACAGCCUAUUCUGAAGUGGAGAGAUGAAAGUGACGGUUUUCCCCUUCAGGACUCUUACUGUACAGUAGAUAGUCCAGCUUCUUCCUGAGUCUCCUCGUGCCAAAAACUAAUAACAAAAAAAAAAACAAAGAGAGAAAGUAAAGUGCUGGUUCACUUUGUUUUAAGAAUGAUCAUUUUGACCCUGAUACUGACUUUAAAUAUGUUUUAGAUGUCUUACAGAAAGCUACCAGAUUAUUUGGACAUAAACAGCCAUGUUGCUUUUCUGCCAUACUUUGUAUGGAGAGAAUCAAAUAUUCAGUUCUUGCAUGGUACAGGGAGCACAUGGUCCGUGUAAAAAAAAAAGCUAAAUUAAACACAGUUACACUAGUUAAUACUGAAUAGGGAGACAGGUUAAUGAGGAAUUAACAAGGUGGUCUAAAUUGGAUUAUUGACCCCAAACUUAAAGCAGAUGAGACAAAGAAGGACCCACCCAGUGUUAAAGCUUUCUCUGAUGCCAUUUUCAGUGUCGGCGGAGGUGACAGGUGCAGCUUUUCGUUUGUUAUUUCCCUCUAUUUGGUCUUUCCUCUGGUUUUGUCAUUUGAUGAAUCUGGCCCCUGGUGUCUGCAGAGCAUUGCAGCGGGUCUUCUGUAAACACUAGUCAGACAGCGAGAGAGAAAAUGUCAACAGUGCAGUCAGUAGGGAUGAUUCAAUUUGUUAAAAAUCGAACAGACUGAAUCCCUGAAAACAGAUCGCCUGAUCCAGCUGAUAAAUAUUUUUUUACUUGAACAUUAAAAACUGCCAUUUUCUUGCCAAAAAAAGUCACAAUGAAGCUUGAGUCUUACAGAUUUCAACAUUUCAAGUUCUUCCUGAGCUUUGUAUUAUGCAAAAUGAAGCGUGGGAAUUUUACAGGCCUUAUAUGGAAAGUGGCUAAAGAAAAACCAUGAGUUUAAUGGUUUAAGUUGUAUAGAUUGCUUUAUGUCCAGCAAUGUGUCUUUAAGGUGCUCUACCAUUUAUGUGGAAAUGGUAUUUAUAACGGUUCCUGUAAAUACUGUACAUGAACAUAUCAGUAAUAUUUAAAGCUUGGGAUACUUUCAAACAUCCUUUAAUUGAUCAAAUAAGAAAAAAAAAAGAUUCCUAACCUCUAUGUUUUCAGUAACAUGCAUUCAAUGGACAAACAUGGUGAAAAUCCAGCGAUUACAAAGAUUAGGCCUUUUUGCUUUCAGGUCCAGAGAUAGAUAAGAAGAUUGAUACCACUUUCAAAAGUACAGUUAACAAAAUAAGAAACCUCAGACAGGAAAUGGUUUUGUUAAGCUUAGUUUAGUUUAGCUUAGCUUAGUAUAAGAACUGGAGGCAGACUGUCUCAGAUCAAAAUACAAACACCUUUAAAGCUUGGCAUUAUAUAUGCCAUAACUCAUCUUUUUAUUAUUUCGACUCGAAAGAUAAAUCAAAUAAAAAAUUCUACUUAACAGCUUGCUGUUCCCCCCCUUUUCUUGUCAUAAGAAUAGGCAAACUAUCUCCUGGCUGUGGUCCUUAUUUUACAUGCAGACAUUUGAUUUUAUAUUCUAACAUUUGUAAGGAAAGCAAUGAAGCACAUUUCUGAAACCCCCCCCAAAAAAAAAGUUUCUUUCAAAGGCAGAGUGUGUAUGACUUGCUUAAUGUGACUGAUGUGUUGAUGUUGCCCCUGUCCUAAGCUCAGUCUCAACAUUAGCUAAUUUUUGUAUGCUAAGGUUCUGGUAUUGAGUUUUUCCCCGAGAAAACUCUGCUCAGAAAGGUUGACUUUGUUUCGUCAAAGAAGGGAACUAAAAAGGGAAUAUGUUUAACAAGGGUUUUUUUUUUUUAAUUGCAGACCAUACAGGCUCCUUGCAGGCUCCUGUUCAGCUUGAGCUAACAAAAAGUGUAUUCAAUUUUCACACCCCACUAACCUGUGUUAGUUCAAUUUUCACGUUGAUGUAACCAUAAAAAGACUCCCAUCACUCCCAUUGACUUUCAGUUCAGUGUGGGAUUAUUUGUUAUUGUGGCAAAAGCUCUAACAUUUCAAACAUUUAAAGCUGCAUUAAGUGUUUUUUGACCACUAGAGGGCAGAAAGACUUCCAAAGAACUCACAAUUCUACAGUCCUGUGGGAGUCGUUCAUUUAUUAAAGGGAUACUUCAUCCAUUUGCAUUAAGCUUUGUGUCAUUAGAAACCUGCUAGUAUUUUUGAACGGUCGUCCAUCCCGCCCUCAUUUUCCCCUGAGAUGGGAAGUCUGAAAAGGAGCGUCCGAUGACACAAAAAUAGUCAUUUUGUUGUAGUUAAUGUCUGUAAAUAGAGCACCCUUCAGUGGGAGUGGCCUGUGGUGCUGUGCAUUCUGGGAGUUGUUGUCUUUCAUCCACAUGAGCCAAAAAGACACUUUCUGCCUUUUCUCGGUCAAGAAGGCACCAACUUCAAAAUGUAUUUCACAAUUCUACUACAUAUAUGACCCAAUGUCAAGUCACAGAUUCAUGUUUCAACGGGUGAAGUAUCCCUUUAAGUACUACUGGAAAACCUGAAAAGAAACAGUGGCAUUAUUAAAAAUCCAGCAGAAACAGAGCAACAUCUUUCAUUGCAUUUGUGUAAAUAUGAUGAGUAUCAGUCCCAUUUUUAACAAACCUUUGAACAUUGUUUUGGGUCUUUCCAGAAUCCCUGGGAAAAUAUUUGUCUUUUCAGGUGCUAGAUAUUCCAUUUUACCAGCUUAUUAUUUAUUCCUGACCCCUGCUGUUUGGUGCUAGCUAACAAUUUAGCUUAUAUUUUAUUUUUCUGUGGGGGUUGAACAGAGCCAAGCCAAAGUGCUAUAAGCUAUGUAGAGCUGCAGAGGUGUUGAUUCUCAGUAAGCUUAGCACCAUGAGCAACCAUUCCACACCCAGAGCCUUUUCAUUCCAAUUUUUAAGAGAAAACGUCUUGCUUAAUGGAGCUUUAACCUAAUUACACUCUUUGACAUUGAGUCUAAACAAGAUUUUAUUGAACACUUAGUGUUUGGACCUCAUUGUAAGCACAAGAAGCUGGACUUUCAAAAGUAUUACCGUAUGUGGAACCGUUCUUUCCAAAGUAUUUCCUUAAUGGCUUUAAUAUGACGGAAGAAGGUUCAAGAGAGUUAAAGCUAUUUAUUUUUCUUAAAAAAAAAGGUUUUCUUCACAACCACCAUGCAUCUGACUGCAAUAGCAAAGACAGUUUCUGUGUUUUCAGUUAUAAAUUACUCGCAACUAUUCACACUCACUCCUGUGUGCCAAUGUAUAGUUCAUGUAUAUAGCAUUGAGUGCAUUAAUAUUUAUUAAAAGUUAAAGGGUUCUCCUUUGUUUUUACAGUAUGCGCAGUGUCAUAUGGUCAAUAGGCUGCAGCAGAGAAACCAUUGAAAACUGAUCCCAUUUUAUACAACCUUUGAAUGGAUUUCUUCUUUUUUUGAAACUUGAUAGGCUAGAAAUGACAUUGUUUUUUGCAAACAAUUAGAUGUAAAUAUAUGUGCACGAUUCAGAGUUUUUUUUUUUUACUUGUUGUCACAAAGCUGUCUUUUCACAGCUGUUUUGUAGAAGUUAUAAACAGAGCUGUUACAUCACAGCGAGAUGUACUGACCAGACAAAUGCUUUAUUUUAACCAAUAAAACAUAAAUAGUGUAGAACCAGCAAACAAGUAAAGUUUUUUAUGCUGUUUGUAGUUUUCAGUAUUGUCUAACCAUUUUACAUUUUCCUCCCCAGUUUUUCUACACUCUUACCUUGCUGCCUAUACAACAUUGCUGCUAAUGUUACGUAGAGCUUGUAAUGAUAAAUAGGAUAGUUGUAGAAGUUAUGUUGACAAUCCCUGAGCCUCAGACAGAUGUUUUUUUUGCAUAGGAUCUUCCAUGUACUGUAUCAAUACCCCUGUGCUAUUUGUGCAUUGAAGUAUAUUGAUUGUCAUUACUGUCAGUCACUCUCUGCUCUAUUUGCUUUUCUAUGUAUUUGUGUAGAUUGAAGUGUACACUACUGAUGCUGUUUGUUGUAAUGGGGAGCACAUAGCAAUAAAAGAUAUUAACUUCUUUCA